UUCCGGUGACUCACACUCCCCACCCCCCGGGCUAAAAGUUUGGUGACAUGAAUCAAGAUGUCAUGCAACCAAAGGGUGGAUCAUUCAAGAAGGGAGAUAAACCAAGUGCUACUUUUUGGAGUGCUAACCCAAGAUAUGACCUAUUGACAGAAAGCACUUUUGCAGUAGUAGAUAUAUGCUUCAAGGGGAAUGGUGGAUUCCAGUUCAUGAUGACGAUGCUUUGUCCUUGAAAUUCAAGCGGAUGGUGGAUAAUGUUACUUUCUAUGGCUUGGCAACCCUUGAAUGGGAAGUGCCGGAGGAGGCUUGCCCUGGGGUCUAUAGGUUCAGGCACUUUGGCUCAUCUAAGAAAAGAAGGGACUCUCCCAAUAAGUACCUUACUGGUGCAUCUAUGGUAAAGGAGAUCAAGAGCAAAAAGGUUAGCAGCUUCAUUUUUAAAGUAGAUUUUGAGAAGGCAUAUGACUGCGUGAGUUGGGAUUUCUCAGAUGAAAUGAUGGGGAGACUUGGAUUUGACAAAAAAUGGAGAACAUGGAUAGGGGAGUGUCUGCAAACUGCUUCAAUAUCAAUUCUUGCUAAUGGAAGCCCAAUCGAUGAAUUCAAAAUGGAGAGGGGGUUAAGACAAGGUGAUCUAAUUGCUCCGUUCCUAUUCUUAAUUAUUGUGGAAGGCUUAAAUGUGUUGAUUGAAUCAGCCAUAAGCAAGGAACUAUUCCAAGGAGUCGAUAUAAGCCCUUUUGGUCUAAACAUAUCCCAUCUCCAAUUUGCCGAUGACACUAUCAUUAUAGGGAAGGCAAAUCUUGGAAACAUUAAAGCUUUGAAAGGGAUGUUGAGAUGGUUUGAGCUGAUUUCAGGCUUGAAAAUCAACUUUGGCAAAAGUGUGAUGCACUCACUUUAUGUCUUUGAUGAGUGAGGCAGAAUGGUGGCUGCUACUCUCAAUUGUAAAUCAAGUUCCAUCAUUUUCACCUACCUUGGGAUGCCAGUCGGGGACACUAUGAGCCGAAGGAAAGCCUGAAUUCCAAUUAUUGACAAUUUUAAUAAAAAGCUAGUAGUCUG